UGCGCGGAGGAAUGCAAAAAUGAAAUGAUGUGGUUUGGAAGAAGAAGGGUGGGUCCUCCAUUCCCCCACCAUUGCCUCUUCCCAAGCCAACACCGCGUGCUCCCUCCCACUUCAUGUCCCCCCUCCUCUCUCUCUCUCUCUCUUAUUUUUUUAAGAUGUUACCUGCAUUAGCCUCUGCAACCCCACAAGCUCUGUGAUCCCUUAUCCAUACGAUCAACAUGUGAUCCACCUUCAUAACCCAACAACAACUUCUCUCUCUCUCUCUCUCUCUAACUCAACAACAACAUCUCUGUCUUUCUCUCUCUUGAUUUGUAUCAUGGUUUUGGGCUUGUCAGUACAUGCAGGACAUGGGACGUAUUUUAUAUCAGAACCCCAAGAAGAAUGCAGAAAUGGUUUCAAAUGGAAAGAGACGAGAAGAAUCCAUGAAACGGCUUCGUCUUGCCUAUUAAAUGACAUGGAAAUGCCAGCAUUAUACAGUCACGGUCACAAGGAUGUAAACAUGUACCUAUUGCAAUGAUUGACUCACCAUCAAUUCUGUGGAUGCCACUACACAUUCAUGGUCAAAUGUGUGAAGUUUCCUGAAUCUUCUUGGAGUGCCUCAAAGGCUAAAUACAGAAGAGGGGCUAGUCAACAUCAGCAUAAAAUGGAGAGGUUCCUAGAAAAUUACAAUAAAGAAAACCUGAAGAAGGCUAUGCUGAAGCAUGAAGAAAUAUUUAAAGAGCAGGUGAGCGAGCUUCACCGGUUGUAUCGAGUUCAGAAGCUGCUAAUGGAUGACCUGAGAAGUAAAAGUUUUCAGCAUCAGCCUUCUACAGACACGUCUGCUUUUAUUUUAUCAGGAGUUAGUUCCACAAAAACCCAUGGGCAAUGUUUUUGGAGGACCAAAUUUGAGAAUGACCAAAAUUUGAAUACAACAAACCAUCAUUCCAAUGAUGUUCAUACUUUGCAGAGGAAAUUUGAUCUCGAGUCACCUGCUGAUGAGGACAUGGGGGAAGCAUUGCUACGCAUUGAAAGUGAGAAUGAUAUUGAGCUAACCUUGAGCAUUGGAUUCAGAAAGGAGAAGAAAGAAGUUCACAAUAGACUACCCUCUUCAGCUAAAGAUAGAUCCAGCAACAUGAUGGAUGGUCGUCAAGGGAAUAAUUUUGGAGAAAAGUUAAUGGAUCAUCAUUUAUGGGGAGCUGGUCUGAGGCAUGAAAUGGGUGAGACCUGCAAAAGUGAGCGGAAAGCUUUCAAUCCCGAAGAAAGGCAUAGACAAGAUGUAAUAAAGCAGCACCCACCUUGGCUUUUUCAAGUAAAAUGACCCAAACUUGAAGUGGGUAUCAAUUCUACUGUCUAUUGAAGUUGUGCAUCUCCUAAAGUGAUCAAGUGGGUCAGGCUAUUUUUCGUUCUCUGAUCCAUUGGUGUUUCUGAUUUACAAAAUGCCCUGUAGUUCAUGAAUGACUUGUAUUACAAUCAUAUAUUGGGGUAACUCUGAACAGAUCUAUAGAGUUAAAGCUGUACAGAGGAUGUAUCAAAUUUAUGAUAGUGAAAUUUGAUUGAGGCAGUGAUUGCAUGCUUCAUGAUUCCAAACUUCGUGCAGCAAUAAAAUCAAGGAAUGAAGCUGUAUGUUCAACUGAA